AUGCUCAAUGUAGCAUCACCAAUUACCUCAUGGCAACUGAUUGUCAUCAGUACUUUUACAUUAAUUUACAAAAAUUUUGCUUCUGAAUCAUCGCUGAAUGUUUUCCAGCAUUCUUUCUGUGAUGCAGAGAUUCAAACUAGACCUGAUCAAAUUUGGUGGUUAUCGCCAUUUAUACCACCAUGCUUACAUCCUGGGCAACCGGUAUUUACUAUUACAGACUCAAAUGCUGGACUUCCUGUGCAGUUCCGGUCUGAUGACUUAUCAGUAGAUCUGGAAGCACGUUUAGCCUUUACAAAGCGUCGAAUAUGUUUUUAUUCGACGUUUUGGGAUGUUGUGAUGAAAUUUCGAUGUCCAUACAGCAAUACAGCGCAAAUCCAUAAGCUGAGAAUCGGACAUCCAAUAUUUUCGAAGACGAAACGAAAAAAACGAUGGGUACGACGACGGAAUCCACUGAUCCCGUCGAUACAUUUUCAACAGGAACGUUACAUCACCGAAGUUCGCGAAGAUAUUCCAGUUGGUUCAUUGAUUGUGAAAGUUCAUGCUACACAUAUGAACAACGAAUCAAUUUACUAUUCAAUGUCUGCACCGGAGGAUUCACGUUCAACAAAUUCGUUUACAUUAGAUACUGUUACUGGUGAGAUCAGGUUGGCAAAAUUACUGGACCGAGAAACACUCGAUCGUCAUGUGUUAAAGGUAACUGCAUAUGAACGUCUCGAUUUAGCUGUGUCGUCCAGUUGUACAGUGCUUAUUGAUGUCAAAGAUGUUCAGGAUAAUACACCAACAUUUGAAAAAAAUUCUUAUUAUGCAGAAGUUCGUGAAGAUGCACCGAUUGGAACUACGGUGGUAUCAGUCUUUGCUCGAGAUCUUGACGCCGGAUUGAACGGUGAAAUUGAGUAUUCACUUACUGAUAAUCCAUCAUCAAAAUUCUUAAAAAUUGGCCGCACUACCGGUGUCAUACAAACAGCACGUGAAUUGGAUCGUGAAACGUUGGAUUUUUUGCGCUUUUCUGUUGUUGCAACCGAUAAGGGCGAUCCGCCGAUGAGCUCAGAUACUCUGGUAGAAAUUGCCGUUUUGGAUGUCAAUGACAAUGAGCCAAAAUUUGACUCGGAUGCGUUUAAUCUUACAAUUUUGGAGAAUAUUACAGUGCCAGCUGUUGUUUUUCAAGUGAAAGCCGUCGACCCAGAUCUGGGCUCCAAUGGUCAAAUCCACUACAGUAUUGUGACCUCAAGUUCAAGUGGUUUUUCAAUUGACUAUGAUAGCGGCGUUAUAACGCUGCAUGAAAGGCUGAACGCUGAGGCUAGUCCGGUAACAUUAUUAAUCAGAGCUAAAGAUUCGGGUCAACCAGCUUUGUCGAGUACCACAACUUGUACAAUACAUAUUAUCGACAUCAAUGAUCAUAGUCCACGUUUUGUAUCUUUACAACAGCAAGUAUUUGUUGAUGAGAAUGUUCCAAUUGGCCAUGAGAUUACACGCGUUUUUGCUGUGGACGAAGAUUCUGGUAAAAAUAGUGCAGUACGUUAUUCGCUGGAAAUGAUAGCGCCAAAUACUGAUGAUAAAGUUUUUGAAAUUGAUUCUGUAACUGGAAGUAUAAGAACAAAACAAGAGUUGGACAGAGAAACACGUGAUACUUAUAAGUUUAAAGUGAUAGCCAAAGAUGGCGGAGAAGUACCGUUAUCCUCGGUGGCUUCAAUUACUGUUCAUGUUCGGGAUGUUAACGAUAAUGCACCAUAUUUUGAACCAGCCUCGCUAAAUUUGACUUUCCCAGAAGAUACAGUCAAAGGAACAGCUUUGUACACAGUACGAGCAAUUGACCUCGACGAAGAUCAGAAGCUGAAAUAUCGUAUUGAGAAAAGCGACAGGAACAUUUUCGCGCUUAUCGAUCUCGGCGAACAGGGUGUUUUAUUGACACUGUCGAAUAGUUUUCGUAAAACCGAUGACGUUAUUAAAACCAUAAUUUCUGCCACAGAUUCGGGUGGGCUAAAAGGCAAAUGUACGAUCAAUUUCAUCGUUAAAGACGUUAAUGAACCUCCAUAUUUCCUGAUUCAUCCAUAUUCCAUUCAUAUUCCUGAAAAUUUGGACGUCGGUUCAAAAGUGCUGCAAUUAAGAGCAAAGGACAAUGAUCGCGGAGAAAACGCUCGAUUGACAUAUGCAAUAGACAGCACUGAUUUUGCCAUUGAUGAAAACAAAGGGCUUAUAUCGGUGGCAAAAAAAUUGGAUCGUGAAACCAAAAGUAGCUAUGUGUUAACAGUGAAUGCUGCAGAUCAAGGGAAACCACCGUUAAAAGCGGUGACAACUAUUGAAAUACUGCUUGAUGAUGGUAUAUUUCAUUUAAAGAAAAGAAACAUUUGUUUUUUAUUGAACGACAACGUACCACAGUUUAUUUCAAAUAAUUAUACAAUGUUAAUUCCGGAAGAUACACCAGUUGGAACAUCAUUUAUGCAAAUUGAAGCUCUUGAUGCAGAUUCUGGUAACAACGGUUUUGUUGACUAUGUUUUCAGUGAACAAAAUGAUCCGGAAUCUGUAAGCAGCUUCAAAUUGGAUAUGUCUUCUGGAACUUUGCGUGUUGACAAAAAACUUGACCGUGAACGCUUCGAAAGGUUUCUUUAUUUACCUAGCAUAUUACAGAUAUAUACAUUUAAGUUUCGCGACUAUUUCUGCUUCUACUGAAG